ACAGCGUCAGUCGUCCCUUUUCGACUGACUCUGUUAAUAAGUUAAUGUUACCACAUAACAUCCAACUUUUUUUUGUCAACAAUGAAUUCCAGCGGAAAAGGAUCUGGAGAUUCAUCUCAACUUGGUGCCAGCUAUGAUGGCGAUUCCAUCAAAGUUUUUGUGCGAGUACGACCUCUGACCCAGUGCUCCGGGCUGACCACAGAUGGAGAUCAGAAGCUGUGUCUCACAGUCACCUCACCCAACACCGUCCGUCUGCUAUCAAAACCAGAACCACGAACCUUCACUUAUGAUCAUGUUGCUGACAUGGACACAUCUCAGGAUUCUGUAUUCUCCAGUGUCGCCAAGAAUAUUGUUGAGUCUUGCAUGAAUGGAUACAACGGUACUAUAUUUGCCUACGGACAAACGGGCUCAGGGAAAACAUUCACCAUGCUCGGACCAUCUGAGUUGGAUAAUUUCACAGAUGAACUGAGGGGGGUUAUACCUCGAUGUUUUGAGUACCUGUUUUUUCUCAUCAACAGAGAAGUGGAAAAGUCGGGCCAGUCCAAGAGUUUCCUCUGUAAAUGUUCAUUUAUUGAGAUAUACAAUGAACAAAUCUAUGACCUUCUGGACACAGCCUCAGCCAGCCUGUACCUCAGGGAGAACAUCAAGAAAGGUCUUUUUGUUGAGGGCGCGGUGGAGAAGUUUGUCAACUCAGCUGCCGAAGCCUACCAGGUGCUGUCUAUGGGCUGGCGUAAUCGACGAGUGGCCUCCACCUCCAUGAACCGAGAGUCUUCCAGAUCUCACGCAGUGUUCACCAUGACUUUGGAGUCCAAGGAGGCCGUCAAUGAAGUGGUGAACAUCCGGAUGUCUCAGUUGAACCUGGUAGAUCUGGCCGGGUCUGAGAGGCAGAAAGACACACACACAGAAGGCUCCAGACUCAAGGAGGCCAGCAGCAUCAAUCGCUCCCUCAUGUGUCUCGGUCAGGUGAUAAUGGCACUGGUCGACGUGUCCAAUGGGAAGAACCGCCACAUCUGCUACAGAGAUUCUAAACUCACCUUCUUGCUAAGGGACUCUCUUGGAGGAAAUGCUAAGACUUAUAUCAUAGCCAAUGUACAUCCUGGUUCAAAGUGUUUUGGAGAAACGCUGUCUACCUUGCAGUUUGCUCAGAGAGCAAAGUUGAUCAAGAAUAAGGCCGUUAUCAAUGAAGACACACAGGGAAACGUGAGGCAGUUACAAGCUGAGGUGAAGAAGCUGAAGGAGCAGCUCGUACAGGUGCUAACUUCUCAGGGAGUGGACCGUGGAAGAGAUGUCGCGCCCGGAGGACCGGAACUCCUCAAAGAAAUCCAACAUGUAGUCUCAUACAAAGCAAAGUUUAUGGCUUCUGUUCGUCUGUGGAGGAAGCGAGACGAGGAGAAGAGGACGCUGCUGGAGAAAGUGGCUCGGCUUGAGGAGGCCUGGACCCAGAAGGACAAGUUCAUCCACUCGAGCCGAAUGAUUGUCAGGUUUCGAGAGGACCACAUCGCUCGCCUUGAGAAGAAAUUGAAGACGGAAGAAGGCUCACUGUCGGACAAGGAGUCUCAGAAUCUGAUUGAUCAGCUGAAAGAAGAGAUACAGAUCUUGAGAGACCAGGUGGACCAUCACCCAAAGAUGACGCGAUACGCAGCGGAGAACUUCAGCCUCAGGCAGGAGAACCAUCAGCUUCGUUGUCUUGAAUCGGUGGUAAAAGCUGAAGAACUUGCCGUCCAUGUUGCCGCUGAGUUGGAAGAGGCCUUCCAGAGGGCUGUGGAGAGCGAAAGACUCUCAGAGACUCCAGCCUCUGUGCCUGCAGAUACUGUCUCUGCAGCUCCGAUGGAGAGGCUGAAGGCUCAGCUGCUUCAGAAACAGUCGGACCUCACAGGUGCCCUUCAGGCCUUUGAGGUGUUCAAAGAGAUCACCAACAAACAGAUGUCACAGCUGGAGUCUGAGAAAAGAUAUCUUGACAAGUCCAACAGGCAUUUAGAAAACAUUUUGGAAGCCACAACCGCUUGCAAAAAUAAGGAGGUCUCUGAGCUGAACAGAAUUCACGUUGAAACUAUAAAGAUUCUCACCACGCCCACCAACGCGUACAACUUGCGGACCCGUCUUGUGCCUCUCUCCAGCCCAGACCACCUGAAUGGGGCAGACGACAUCUGGACCGAGCAGCCUCCUUCAGACAUGACUGAGAUGGCCUUGACUGAGGAACUCUGUCAAGUGCAGGAACAAGCUGGCCGUGCUCAAACACAGUUCAAUGAGGAGGAGCUAAAGAACAGCAAGCUGUUGCAGAAAAUUACAAAACUCGAGGAGCAGCUCACUGUGACAUCACAAGAGUCUGACCGCAAGGAUGAGCUACUUUCUUCUGAGCGAGCCAUCAGAAACAGAGAUCACCUCAACCUGCAAGAAACUGUCCAUGAGCUGCAACAGAGCCUUCAGUCUGAACAGCAAGCUGCAGAGCUGCUGAGGAGUGAGAUCCGUGAUCUACGUCUGGUGCUGCAGUCGUCGGACACAGAGCUGGCCGCUGUGAGGAACGACCUGAGAGACGACCAGAGCGAGAAGCAGAGAGAGAUGAGCCAGCUCUCCAACAGUCUGAUCAGCACACAGCUCCAACUUGACAAAGUCCAGCUGGAGUGGGAGCAGCUUCUGGAGCAGCACCGGACACUGCAGGAUGCAUUCGACCAGCUCCAAGCUGAGGCCAAGUUUGAGGCUGAUCAGGCAAGACAGCAGCUGCAGGACAGGCAGCAGGAGAUCGAUGAAAUGAAGGCACAGCUCACGGAGUUGAAUAAUUCUCUGCAGACUGAGCAAGAGCACACAAGCACCCUGGUCUCCCAGUUAAGAGAAAACAAAGAGAGUACAUCAAAAGAACUGAUAGAAACAGUGCAGCAGAAUACACAGCUUAGGAAACAAGUCUCAGACCAACACCAACAACAGGCAUCCAAAAUUAGCGAUCUUGAGCAAAAUGUAAACUCCACCAACGAAACGAUAAAAGGCUUGGAACAGAAGAUUGAACAGGACAAAGAUGUUGUUUUAGAUCUCAUCAAGCAGACCAGAGACCUCCGCAGUGAGCUGAGCCAGAGGGACCAGACCAUCACCCACCUGUCUGGAGACAUCACAGACAUCACAGCCAAGUUCAAUGCUGCCUGCCUUGACAGGGAGGAUAUCCGGGAGCAAAACUCUAAGAUGCAAGCAGAGAGCUGUGAUCUGAAAGAAGCUUUAGACCGGCGGGGAGCAUCCAACAAAAUAGAGGUGGAGGUGUUGCAGGAGGAGGUUGUUUAUGCCACUGAGGAGGUCGAGAGACUCACUAAGGUUCUAGAUGAGCAGACCAGUCUCUUCCAAGCCUCUCAAGAGCAAACCGCCCAGAAGGACGUCAUGAUACAGAAUCUACAGCAGAAGAUGCAACAACAGCAAGAAGCUGUUGAAAGAACCAUCAGAAAUGGGAAACCCCACGUUGAUGUUACAGGCACACCGAAAUCAUUACCUCGGACACCCUGCACUCCAGGAGGUUUCAACAGGGACUGGACCCAGGUGCUAGAAAGCCAGGAGAGGGAGCUGGAGAAUCGCCGCUCCUCCAUGAUGAACCUGGAGAUUCUUUUAACGGAGCUGAACGCCGAGAGGGCGGCCAAGAAUGAGGAGAUCCAAAGGCUGAAGAUGCAGCUGAUGGAGAAAGAGACGGUCCGGAUUGAGAUCCAGUCUUUACUCGACCAGUUUUACAAGCAGAGCCAGCUGACACAGAACGGGAACAAUAACGGUGAAGAGUUGAAUGGAGCCCUCAAGCAAACAAUGCUUAAAGAGCUGCAGGAGGAGAGAGCAGAGACGAGCAAAAUAAUGCAGAAGCUCUCCGAUACUCAUAAAAGACUGCAAGCACAGGACUCGAUGUUGGCCCAGUCCCAGACCUGCGUUCAGGAGCUGACCACUGAGCUGAGGAACCGCUGCCUGGAGCUGAGCCUGAGGAUGCAGGAGGAGGAGAAACUACUGCAGGAGAACGAGGUUCUCCGUAGGCAGAAUGUUCAGCUGUCGGAGGAGAAUGGAAAACUUGUGGGGCAUAAGAACCACAAACAGAGGAUUGAAUAUCUGGUGAAGCUGAAAAAGGACAACACCAAACUUCAAGAGGAAAAUGAAAAACUCAGAACAGAGAUCUUAAUGCGGGACAACGGGGGAUGUCUGCCACUGGAGAUGACGUAAAUCCCUGAUGAUUCUUUAAUGGUUUGAAUCUUUGUCAUUUGCAUCUUUCUCAGUGAAAAAAAUCGUAUACAUUUUUUUUGUGACUGUAUUGAUGUGGUCAACUCUUUUAAAUGUUUGCAGUACAAAUACAUUGUGAUUUAUGUUCGUUUUCCAUUCAGGGAAUUUGCAGAAAUGAUUUUGCUCAUGAUGUAUUCAUAUUAUUACACCUUUUUAAAAGUUUGGCUUGUAUGCAUACUGUACCUUUACAUUGAUCUGCUAUUGCAGCAGCAUAAGACCAGCUGUGAUGAAAGCUCCAUUAGUCCAGCUCCAUCCUUGUUGGGUUUCUUUAGAUGUACAUUAGUACACCUAGACAUGUCUUGGACUACAACAAUGCUGAACAUAAUCUUAAUGUGAAAACUGAACAUUUCCGUGUUCAUAAUUUUUUAGGUGCUUGUGUCUAGUGCUGUGAUUGUUGAUCAUCUGAGUUGUAUCCAUGGUAUAUGGUUUGUUGUAUUUUUCCCAUCAUACUGAGGUGUAUAGCCACUGUCUUUUUUUAGUACAAUGAACUUUAAAAAUAAGUGUAAUACUGUAAUUAAAAUAAUU